CAGUGAAGAGGGCAAGAUCGAAGGACUUACUGAAAAUUUUCCCAUGGAGAUGUCGGAACCAGACCCGGGAGUCCCUCCGACGCAGCAGUUGAGCGUAGAAGGGCAGGUGCCUGUAGAGCAGCAGCCUUCGUCGCACAACAACGGCAGUACAAGCGCUCCCCCAUCUGCAGCAACACCAUCACCCACUGCAACAGCAGCGACCAAUACGGAGCAGGCAACCUCUUCCGCCGCCACUCCCACAUCUGCCACUGCUUCUACUACUGCUGUUGGUACCGGCACUGCUGUUCCCGCGGCAGCAGACACUGCUGAAGCUCGGCAAGAUCCGGUGCCAACAGCGGGAGGAACGAAGGAUGAGCCAGGAACACCUUCAGCCUCUGCGGCGUCAGGGGCGGUGAAAAAGGAGGGGGGGUCGCAACCACGGUCGGCGAAGAGGCCGAGAGACACUCCGUUACCGGUGGGACUACCCCCGAGCAUGGUUAAGCGCAUCAUGAAGCUCGGCGAGGAGACGCGAAACAUUUCAAAGGAGGCUUUGGUCAUUGUUGUCAAAGCCAGCGAGAUUUUCUUGGAGAAGUUGGCUGCGAGGGCGUUCGAUCACGCCGAGAAGCUGGGAAGAAAGACAAUCAAGUACAGAGACGUCAGCGACGUCCGGGUAGAAGACCCCAACCUCUUGUUCUUGGAAGCGGUCGUGCCCCCCUAAACCAAGCCAACUGCCGGGGGUGUCGAUGUCUGAGGGCGUGUGGGUCUAAGCGAUGAGCAACACUUACGCACUUCACCAAGGCAAUCGGGAUGGGAACGGGAGACAAAUGUUCCACAGCUACUCCGAAGGCUUGCGAGAAAUCGGGAUAGUCUCGAAUGGGAAUGGGAGACAACGGUUUCACAGCUACCACUUUCGAGGAGUUGGGAGAAACGCCAAGUCAGCCGUGCGUGGCUGCUGCUGUUAGCACAGCCAAGCCCCGCACUUGAGACCCUCCUAUUUGGCCGAGGCUUGUUUCUUAGCUUGUCUCAUGGGUUACCUAUCCCCACGGCGACUAUAUAGGUUCUAGUGCAGGCUUCUUGACGGAGUACCUGUUCUUAUGAC